CUACCUUGAAUUCUAUGUCACAUAUAAAUCGGAAUUUAACUCAAUUUUUAUUGCAUUACCAGUUGACUGUGUGUGUGUGUAUAUAUGUGUGUGUGUGUGUGUGUGCGGUUUUCGCGUGUCCUCACAUAUACCUAUAGCUUAGUCGGUUAUAUAGGUAACAUUUAUAGUCACAUAGCUUAGUUACUGCUAAGCUUCAGCUUCGAUAUGGCCGACGACGAGGGCGCCAAGGAGGGCGAUAAGAAAAUCGUGCACAUCUAUCCGCUCGUCAAGCACUCGGAUAUGAAGGAGGAGAUGCGUAACGAGGUCGUCGAAUUGAUUGUUAGCAAUUGUGAGAAAUAUUCUGCUAAUUAUGAGUUAUGUGCCAGAAUGAUAAAGGACAGCAUGGACAAGAAAUUUGGCAUCUAUUGGCAUGUGGUGGUCGGCGAGGGCUUUGGUUUCGAAGUAUCGUAUGAGACUGAGAAUAUAAUGUAUCUUUUCUUUGGCGGCAAUUUAGCUAUUGUGCUGUGGAAGUGCUCCUAAAUAGAGUAACUAGCUCAACUAACAGACGUACCUAAAAAACUACAAGUAAAUAUACAAAAAUAUAAAUGCAAAUUUUUGUAAUACCUAUGCAACGAUGUAUAUGUGUCUAUAGCAUAUAUAGUUAAUGUUAUGUAUUAAGUUAAACUGAACUGUAAAUAGGGCCAGCAGUAAUGUGUGUGUUCUUUGCCAUGGC